ACUCAACAGAAGCUUGUUUCUUGUCCUCUAGCAAAGUAGUCUGAUCAGUCAUGGGCCCCUGAGCAGGGCUUACAAGGACCUUGCUUUCACCCUUUCUCACCCGUGGAGUGCUCCGUUCUCCUCCUUCAAGACUCAGGUCACAUACCUUCUUUCCUAUGAAACCUUUGCACCUCUUAAUGAUCUCUUCUGUCUCUGCACUUCAGACAGCACGGUAGUGGGUGAAGAGAAGAUGUCUCUAAGAAAACGGCUGUUGAAGUCCAGUAACCAUGCUGAGGAAGAGGAAGAAGGCCAGAGAGACUGUACAGAGGAGUCACAAGAGACACCUAGUAAUGGUCGGGUUGAUUUAAAACGGUUGAUAUCAAAGAAGAUACAGUUGACAGCAGAGGCAGAGGAAUUGAAGCCCUUUUUUAUGAAGGAAGUUGGCAGUCACUUUGAUGAUUUUGUGACCAGUCUCAUUGAAAAAUCUGCAUCAUUAGACAAUGGUGGUUGUGCUCUCACAUCCUUUUCUAUUUUUGAGGGAGACAACAACCACCGAGCUAAAGAUCUGAGAGCACCUCCGGAACAUGGAAAGAUUUUUGUUAUAAGGCGAUCUGUCUUAGAUGAGCUGUUUGAGGUGGACCACAUCAGAACAAUAUAUCACAUGUUCAUUGCCCUCCUCAUUCUCUUCAUUCUCAGCACACUUGCAGUAGAUUAUAUUGAUGAAGGAAGGCUGGUGCUUGAGUUCAAUCUCAUGUCUUAUGCUUUUGGGAAACUUACUGUUGCUAUGUGGACGUGGUUCACCAUGUUCAUAUGUACACUUACAGUUCCUUAUUUCCUGUUUCAACGCUGGGCCAGAGGCUAUCACAGGACUUCUCAUCCAGUGGUCUAUUCUUUCAUACACUGCUUCCUUUUUGUGGUCUUCCAGACUGGAGUUCUAGGUAUAGGACCACUUUAUGUUGUGUUAGCAUAUACACUACCACCAGCUUCCCGGUUCAUCGUUAUACUUGAACAGAUUCGUUUUAUAAUGAAGGCCCACUCAUUUGUCAGAGAGAAUGUGCCUCGGGUACUCAAUUCAGCCAAGGAGAAAUCAGGCACUGUUCCAGUACCUACAGUCAACCAGUACUUGUAUUUCUUGUUUGCUCCUACCCUCAUCUACCGUGACAACUAUCCCAGGACUCCCACUGUAAGAUGGGGUUAUGUGACUAUGCAGUUUGCACAGGUUUUUGGUUGCUUUUUUUAUGUGUACUACAUCUUUGAAAGGCUCUGCACCCCCUUGUUUCGGAAUAUCAAACAGGAGCCCUUUAGCGCUCGUGUUCUGAUCUUAUGUAUAUUUAACUCCAUCUUGCCAGGUGUGCUGAUACUGUUUCUUAUUUUUUUUGCCUUUUUGCACUGCUGGCUCAAUGCCUUUGCUGAGAUGUUACGCUUUGGUGACAGGAUGUUUUAUAAGGAUUGGUGGAACUCUACAUCGUACUCUAACUAUUACAGGACCUGGAAUGUGGUAGUCCAUGACUGGCUAUAUUACUAUGCUUACAAGGACUUUCUCUGGUUUUUCACAAAGAGGUUCAAGACAGCUGCCAUGCUGGCCGUCUUCGCUGUGUCCGCCGUGGUGCAUGAGUAUGCCCUGGCUGUUUGCCUGAACUUUUUCUAUCCGGUGCUCUUUGUGCUCUUCAUGUUCUUUGGAAUGGCUUUCAACUUUAUUGUCAACGAUAGUCGGAAAAGACCAAUUUGGAAUGUUCUGAUGUGGACUUCCCUUUUUGCGGGCAAUGGAGUCCUCCUGUGUUUUUAUUCUCAAGAGUGGUAUGCACGUCAACACUGCCCUCUGAAAAAUCCCACAUUUCUGGAUUAUAUCCGGCCACGUUCCUGGACUUGUCGUUACGUGUUUUAGAAGCUUGGAGUUUGUUUCCUUCCUUGACACUGAAGAUUGGGUAUUCGACCUGACUUGGGGCCAGCAUCUGUUUCCAGCCAUCAUGAAGUUAAUCUGUGUUACUUGGACCACUUCAGGCUUUACAGAUUGCUCACUCCAUUCCUAGGUCACCUGAAAAUGAGCUGUUAGAAGUUUACUGGAAGUUUGGACACUUUUAAGCAGUCAAUUUUUUUCCUUUUUGGGAGAAGGGAAACUUAUAGCUGAUGUAAUGACAGAUUUUUGCUAAGUCAUAUCAGCUUAACUCUCAGAACUUUGGUUUUGUUUCUUAACUCCAUCUAAUUAGAGACCAAACAUCAUGUUUUCUUGGCCACUGAAUUAGCCAGAACACUGAUGAAGAAAUCACUUAAGUACCUGUGACUUAGAAAUUUUUUCAUGCACACUGUUGGAAUGUAUGCUAAUUAACCAUGCAAUUGGGAAAGAAAAUAAUGUGGAAUGUUUUGCUGUUUCUAGUAGAGAAAAUAUCUAUUUUUCCAAAUAUAAUCUUAUUACAUAUCCUAAUUUGUAUUUUUUUUUUUAAGUUCACGUCUAUUCAAUUUUUAUCUUGUUUUUGCUGUACUGGGUAGUCAUGAUAUCUGUGAAGCAAAAUUAUCCCUUACACCUUGAAUUCUUGAGUUUGCAUCCAUAAUAUUAUAUAUCGAGGGGGACAGAAGUGGGAAGAGAAAAAGAAGUGAGACUGGACAAAGAAAAAUAUUUUCUAAUGUAUGAAGCAGUUUUGAAAAAGAUCUUGCAGAAUCAGUCAUGUGUUUAAACUAUUUUAUAGUAGAACUUAUGUGGAAGAUAAAUUUCUUUUUGUUGUUUAAACUUUCAGAUAAUAAUUUCUUUGACGUUAUUUAGAAGUAACCAUUGGUAUAGUUGUUUUAUCUAAUGAAUACUGACUUCCAUUAUUUUGCAGACUAGUGAGUCUGUAUCAUAAGUAUUAAUCACCACCAUUAAUAUUAAAGGGAAUACUAAAGAUCCAGAGAAGCUGGCUUCUGCAUUUGCUCAAUUAUUCUUAAUGGUAGUAUACUUUAGGUAUAGUAAAUAAUAGGUGAUCAUUUUCAAGAAAAUGUACUCUGUUGUGUGGUGUUCCCAUGCUAUAAGAUGCCUAGGGCUAAUAAUACAAUGUGGUGUGUAGGAAUUAUUUUGGUUGUUUAUAUGAGGUAUGAUUAUGUCUGUAAAGAUAGAGCUUUGGAAGGGACUUUGGAGACCAUGUAGGUCCACUCCAAAGAAGGGAGACUUAAUUACUCAAAACUGGCAAAGAGCCAACUUGAGAAGCUAUUUUCUUGGUAUUCUAGCAGCCCUACUGCUGUUAGAAAGUUGUGAGAAGUCUUUUUCAAAUUUACUUAAAGUCAAUUUGAAUCUCACAGAAAGGUAAGUAAAAUUUCUUGAUAGUCAUAACUUUAUGUGUACAGCAAGUAACCAGCUAAGUCCCCUCUUUUAUUUCCCAUACCUUUGGUCCAGUUGAGCUUAGGCAAAUCCACCCUUAACAGACAAAACCGUACCUCAAGGAAGGUUAUUUUUAAAAGGUACUCCACAUGUUCCCAAGCAGUAAUUAUCUGUACAGUGGUAUUGUAAUUGUAAUGGAAUGGCAUUUUAAUAUAACUCACAAUUUCCAGCAUUUUUUAAAAAAUUAAAAUGAGUCAAUCACUGGAACUUAGAACUACAUUUUAAAUAUAAAGGGGGAGUUGAGAAAAGCACACUGGUUUAAGAUGUGGUUAUGCAUAAGCCAGUCUACUGAAGUGAGAGAAUGGAAUUCUUAGGUCUGUAUUUUUUGUUCAGUACUGUGAAUGUACACUCUCAUUGAGAGGACUUGUUGCUGUGUACUCAUUCUGAAUACUGUAUUUAUUAGACUGAUCAACCCUGGGUUUUGUUUGUUUUUAAACUCUCAUCCUCCCUUUGUUUAUUAGUGCUUUUUUUUCUGCCCAAAAUUUUAAAGUGACAACAAAUAAUAUGUAUAUAAUGAUACACUCUUUAGAAUGAUAAGACUGUCCUAAGAUAUUUUUAGAAACACUUAAAGGGAAAGCCAUUUUCUGUGAAAGACAUUAGUUUGACAGCCAUGGUCUUACUACUAGCUGCUUUUAACGAAAGUCUUGCCUUUAAAGAACUACUUACACUCUUUAAACAAAUAAAUUAAACUAAAACUUCUUA